AUGGCGGCGGCGGCGGCGGAGGAGGCGGCGGCGCACGACGUGCAGCGGCUGCUGGUGCAGUUCCAGGAUGAGAGCGGGCAGCUGCUGGGCGCCCCGUUCGACGUGCCCGUGGACAUCACCCCGGACCGGCUGCAGCUUGUGUGCAACGCGCUGCUGGCCCAGGAGGAGCCUCUGCCACUGGCUUUCUAUGUCCACGAUGCCGAGAUCGUGUCCUCGCUGGGGAAGACGCUGGAGUCCCAGGCAGUGGAGACGGAGAAGGUGCUGGACAUCAUCUACCAGCCGCAGGCCAUCUUCAGAGUCCGCGCCGUGACCCGCUGCACCAGCUCCUUAGAGGGGCACAGUGAAGCGGUCAUUUCUGUGGCCUUCAGUCCCACAGGAAAGUACCUGGCCAGCGGCUCUGGAGACACCACUGUGCGCUUCUGGGAUCUCAGCACAGAGACACCACAUUUCACAUGCAAGGGACACAGACACUGGGUCCUUAGCAUAGCUUGGUCCCCAGAUGGCAAGAAGCUGGCCUCCGGCUGCAAGAAUGGCCAGAUUCUCCUGUGGGACCCCAGCACAGGGAAGCAGGUGGGCAGGGCCCUCGUCGGCCACAGCAAGUGGAUCACAGGCCUGAGCUGGGAGCCCCUCCACGUGAACCCCGAGUGCCGCUAUGUGGCCAGCAGCUCCAAGGACGGCAGCGUGCGGGUCUGGGACACAGCGGCGGGCCGCUGUGAGCGCAUCCUGACGGGGCACACGCAGUCGGUCACCUGUCUCCGGUGGGGAGGGGACGGGCUCCUCUACUCUGCCUCCCAGGACCGCACCAUCAAAGUCUGGAGGGCACAUGACGGUGUGCUGUGCCGGACUCUGCAAGGCCACGGCCACUGGGUGAACACCAUGGCGCUCAGCACUGACUACGCCCUGCGCACAGGGGCCUUCGAGCCGGCUGAGGCCACAGUUAAUGCCCAAGACCUGCAGGGGUCCUUGCAGGAGUGGAAGGAGAGGGCGCUGAGUCGCUACAACCUUGUGCGGGGCCAGAGCCCCGAGAGGCUGGUGUCUGGCUCCGACGACUUCACCCUUUUCCUGUGGUCCCCAGCAGAGGACAAGAAGCCCCUUGCACGGAUGACGGGACACCAGGCCCUCAUCAACCAGGUGCUCUUCUCUCCAGACUCGCGCGUCGUGGCCAGCGCCUCCUUCGACAAGUCCAUCAAGCUGUGGGAUGGCAGGACGGGCAAGUACCUGGCUUCCCUGCGUGGCCAUGUGGCUGCCGUGUACCAGAUUGCGUGGUCAGCGGACAGCCGGCUGCUGGUGAGCGGCAGCAGCGACAGCACGCUGAAGGUGUGGGAUGUGAAGGCCCAGAAGCUGGCCACAGACCUGCCAGGCCAUGCCGAUGAGGUGUAUGCUGUCGACUGGAGCCCAGAUGGCCAGAGAGUGGCCAGUGGUGGGAAGGACAAGUGCCUCCGGAUAUGGAGGAGAUGAGAAGCCCUGCAUCUCUCAGUCCUCCCUGGGCUCGGGCUCGGCCAGCUGCCUGCUCUGCAGAGAACACACCCUCCUCACCAGGGGUGACCUGCUGCCCGCCACAGAGCCUGCUGGCUCUCGCCACAGGUCCCCUGCCUGGGAUACGGCUGGGGGCCCCUCUGGGUACCUGGCUGGCUAGCGCUGGCAGGGAGAGGGGAGGCUAGUCUCUGACGGGGCCUCGGCUGCUGCCCCUGCCUCCAGAGUGCCAGCUCUGGUCAGGGUCAAACUGCAGGUGUGUGACCAAAUAAAUAACUUCUAUUUUGUGUGUUUGGGCUACAACUCCUUGUUCUAGAAUCCCAGGCUCAGCCAGAGACUGUGCAAAAUCUGGCCCACUCCCUUGCACUGGAUGAGGCCAAAACCAAGCUGACCAGGAAGAUGCCUUUCCUCCUUUUCCUUCGUGCCUCAGAGGUCAGUGUGACAGUGGCCAGAGGAUAAGCCAGGGCUGUGCUGUCCACUACGGAAGGCACUGGCCACACGUGGCCAUUUCUGUUAGCCAGAAUUCAGCACGGAAUCCUGGGGUCUCGGUCCUGCCAGAGGCUCCGGUACUGGAUGGCACAGAUAAAGGUUUCCUAGGGCAGGUGUUUGGAAGCUGUUUGGGAGGCCUGUGUCCCAUAUCUGAGUGCCUGUUUCAAGUCUCGGCUCCAUUGGCCAUCCCAGCUCCCUGCUAACGUGCACCCUGUGGGAAGCACAGGUGAUGGCUCAAGCACUUGGGUCCCCACCACCCAUGUGAGAGACCUGGAUGGGGCCCCAGGCUAAGAUCUCAUUCUCUCUCCCUCCCUCUGCCUUUCAAA